AUCCAAGGAAACAUAGUGUUUUUUGCCCCCCACCAUCUCUAACACAAGCUCUGGAUUUCACAGUCUGCCCUGUUUCCUUUCCACAUAAAGUGGGUCACUCCAAAUUAAAAUAUCACUCUUACAUAAUGUAAAUGUUACCCACAAUUGAAACUGAUCAUUAUAUUAAAGCUAUCUUCUCAGCAAUCCCUCAAUCAUUUUAAACUCACGAGGUAAAAGAACCUAUCUUUGCUGUCUCACAAGCUCCAGAACAUGUCCAUGUCCAUCACAACUACUGGAGAUACACUGCUGAGGAAAUCAUUCCAUCGAAGGAAUGAUUCCGCUGAGCUCGACGUAUUUGAGGCUGCACGCUAUUUUGCAGGCUACAACGAAUCUGUACAGCCGUGGAGAGGAGGGAGAGUCAGCUUUGGCAUGCCUGACAUCAUCCCCCAGCAAACUCAUGUAGAGGAAAAGCAUAGCAUGAAAGAAAAGAAAUACAAGCAACCCAGCUCUCCCGGUGGUAGACUUGCCAGUUUUCUGAAUUCUCUUUUCAAUCAAGCAAGUUCUAGAAAGAAGAAAUCCAAAUCCAUUAAAGAGGAAGAGGAGAGCCCUGGCGGGAGGAGGAGAAGGAGGAGUAGCAUCAGCCAUUUUCGUAUUUCAAGCACAACGUCAGCGGGGACCAAGUCCCUGUAUUCUUCUUCAAGUUCAGGUUUUAGGACACCUCCUCCUUAUGCCCAAAGGCCCACAAAAUGCUACAAGGAUUUGAGAAGCUAUUCAGAUCACAAGCAAGCAAAACCUACAAAUUUUCAAAAUGAGAAACUCAAGUUGAAUGAAGGGUACAAGGGGAAACACAAGAGUGUCGGGAUUUGGGUGGAUCAAUAUCCAUCAGAAGUGGGAGAAAAUCUCAAGUUCAAAAAGUUUGAUGAUGAUGAUGAUGAUGAUGAUGAUGAUGAUGAUGCAGAUACUGAUUCGAGCUCUGAUCUGUUCGAGCUGCAAAACUAUGACUUGGGUAUCUACUCAAGUGGUGGUUUGCCAGUGUAUGAGACUACGCGCAUCGACGAUAUAAGGAGAGGAGCACCAAUCUCCAGGGCUCCUCUAUGACAGUAUUGUUGUUCCUGUUUGUUCGGUCUAAUUACUGUGAUCCGAAAAGAGAAUUUCCUUAUGGCUCUUCACCCUACGUAUGUGCAGUUUGGAUUAAUACGGUUAAGUUUGCAAUUUU